AUGGAGUUUGCAGUUGAAGGGCUUCCAUAUUACAACAGAAUUAGUCAUUUCGGUCUAUUAACAUAUACAUUUGCCAAUGCAAUUGAAUUCAUAGUAGCUAUAAUAGCAUUGAUGAAUGGUGAAAUUCGUGUUGUUCAAGCAUCAAUUAAAGGUCGUCAGAUUGAACAAAAGUUUAAUUCGACUGCUUCACUAAUGAGUUCUAGUUUGAUGACUUUGGCAUGCAUUACUCUACUUUUACCAACUGCACUCUACAGCCUUAUCAAUGGAACUUUUAAUCUUUCCAGUGAAGAUAUUACUAUCAGUGUUGAUGAUAAGAUGUUGCAUAUAAGUUAUGGAAUGUCGAUAGCAUUAUUGGUCGUAUAUGCACUUUAUUUAUGGUUUCAGUUAAAAACCCAUAAAAGCCUAGUUACACGUGAAAUCAAAUAUGAAGACUUAGUUACACGUGAAGUCAAAUAUGAAGACUUAGUUACACCAGAAUUUCUCGUAAGAUCAAUUAAAGGAAUUGUUAAAUCCCUUGACAUAAGCGAAACUUUUAUUGGCUUGAUAUUAAUACCUAUGCUUGGUAAUUUUGCUGAGGUAUUUAAAAAUCAUAUACAUUCUACUAGUAUUGCAAUGAAAGAUAAUAUGAAUCUAGCUAUUGGUAUUACUAUUGGAGGUUCAGCUCAAGUCGCGUUAUUUAUUAUCCCAAUAUUGGUGAUUUUUGGAUGGAUUAUUGGACAACCAAUGUCUCUACUGUUUUUACCCUUUGAAGCUAUUUGUUUGCUUAUUGCCGUUUUACUUAAAAAUCAAUUAAUCCAAACGGAUGUUCAAAUUGGUUUGAAGAAUGAUAUCCAAGGAGUGCUUUAA